AUGGAUGAGUCGGAUGGUGUAAGUGCGAUACGACAGCGGAGAGGCGUUGCCGAUGAGAAGCAUAAGGAUGCCGACCGUUCACGAUCUAGAAGCCGUCAGCGAGUGCCCGAACCACGAGCUACAUCCGAAGAAAGUGAUGCAGAUGCGAUGGUUGAAGGAGAAAGGUGCGUGUUUCUGUUAAAUAAUUCACUUAAAGCAUUCCAUACCGAAUAUCCCAUAUUCAGGUGUAUUUCACUUUCGGAUUCUAUUGACUCACUUCCACUGGUUCUGUGCCCACAGUCAGUGAGAAUAGAUGAAAAUUUUGACGGUCGCUUCAGAGAAUUUGAUUGUUUCAUUCAUAAAUUUAUGAAUUUAUCAUUGAAUUCUUAUGCACAAUAUAAUUGA